UGAGAAACCAGAAAAUUGCAUGGACUUAGACAAUUACCUCAAAACUACAGAUAAACCUCUGUCAGAGACACAUGUUAAGGUCAUAAUGAAACAACUAGUUGACGCAGCCAUUACGAUGGAUAACAAGGGGGUUUUCCACCGAGAUAUUAAACCACACAACAUUCUAAUUGAAACAUCUUCGGAGGAACCCCGAGUGCGAUACAUCGAUUUUGGCUGUGGAGUCACGUUUACUCCGGGACAAAGGUUCAGGAGGAACGCAGGAACCAGGAUCUACAAUAGUCCAGAGUGGUUCAUGUACGGCUUCUGCUCUGCAGAAUAUACUACAGCCUGGCAGCUGGGUGUUGUGAUGUACCAGCUGUUACACAACAAGUUACCAUUUGACUGCGACUACAAGAUCAUCAACCAAAACCCACCGAUUUUAGCUGACAUUUCAAACAAAUGCAGGGAUUUUUUGACGGGGUGUCUGAGGAAGCACUACAAGGACCGCUUCACCCUGGAGGAUCUUCGGAAUCACAUGUGGCUCAAAUGAUUUCUGCGCACCAUGAACUAAAAGGUUAUGGAGCAAAAGCUCCAACACAUCACAAGUCAUCAACAAGUCACUUUUCAAAUUUAGUAGCAAUGUUGCAGUUGCUGUCACGUGGCUCUUUUUUGGUGUUUUCUUUUCCAAUCCAGCAGCAAGCAGUCUGAGACCUCCAUCUGACCUUCAUCUAAAUAUAGUGUCAAGCGGCGGCUGUGUGAAGGCAAGAGAGGACCCAAAUGCACAGCUCUAGACACACGGUGAUGACCUCAAAGGCAGGUCUUUAUUAACAGGAACAUAAGAAGCCAUACAAUAACUAACCUGGGAGCAACUAAAGCUGAGGCGCUGGGAAGACACGGUAAAUGCACACAACCUAGAGGGACGACGCAACACAGAACAAAGGGACACUCUGACAUAAAUACACAGAAGGUAAUGAGAGAAGUGGGAACACACGGGGAACACAGCUGAAGACAAUUAGCGAGCAGGGAGGACACGAAACUGAAAAUACUGACACCAAGAUGUGGACCUUAAACACAACACAGUACACAGAGAUGAGCACAGAGAGAGAGAGGCAGAGAAGAAGGAUGAAUAUGGGGGGAUGAGGAGAACACAGAACACAAAGGAUGGGAACACGGUACCAGAACAAACACCACAAUAAAAACAUGGACACAGGGGGAAUCCAAAUACCAAACCAACCAAUCCAAUGGACAUAAGGAACAAAAUACAAAACUACAGGAAAACUAAGAACACUGGGUCAAAAUGACCCAGGACCAUGACAUAUAGGCUUUUGUAGGCUUGCUUUAUGAAAAAUGUCAUUGAUGAAAAUGUAGUGUAUAUCUGUUAUUAACCUCUGUCUCUCUUCCACAGCAUGUCUUUAUCCU